CCAAAAAUAAUUCAAAAGGACAACGGUAGAAAUCCUACAUUAGCAAGAACAAAAAAAUAACAGACAUUUCAGCAUCUUAAUAUUAAGACCAGUUAAGUAACUCAAUCAUUAACUGAAUUUAUAAACAUUUCAAAAACUUGAGCUAUUGACAAUCAAACUGCACAUUAAGAUUGCCCAUCAAAGAAAAGCACAUCAAAACUCGCUAUGUUAGCGCAAUGAUGACAUACAAUUCGACAUUUUGAUAGCGGUUAGAAUUCUUUGCUUUUAGCUGUAAACUAAAUUUACAAAUCCACCGAACGUCCAACCUAAACAUAAAAUCUAAUUCGGAACAUUGCUUUAGUUUAAUAUACAGUGGACCUCAAAUAUAUUGUUUGUUUUCGAACUUUGCUCAAAAAUUACUCAGGCAGAAAUUAAUGAGUUUAUAUGAAUAAAUUGAGAUCGGAAUGUCAAAAGUGGAAUUCAGAUUAGCUAUUCUGGGAGACGCCGGAGUUGGGAAAACUAGUCUGGUCCACAGAAUGACAAAGAGUCACUUCAAUACUCAUGCCAGUCCCACAGUUGGAGCUUCCUUCUUUGUUCACAGUGUUCCCUUCGAAGACAAAAUAUACGAGUUCCAAAUAUGGGACACAGCGGGCCAAGAACAGUACCACAGCCUGGCCUCGACAUACUAUAGAAAUGCACAAGGAGUCCUCAUUUUGUUCGACCUGACAAACCCAAACUCCUUUUUCACUGCUCAACAGUGGGUGGCUGAACUUCUCUCGAUGAACAGACGAUAUCUCAUCCUCCUCAUCGGCAACAAACUCGACCUCUCAUUCAGAUCAGUGUCAAACGAAACUGCACUGUCAUACGCCAAAAACGUCGGAAUAGGCUACAUUGAAGUGUCGGCAAAAACUGCUCAAAAUAUUGACAACAUUCUUGUAGAAAUAAUCAGCUCAGCCAAAGACAUGAACUUCUUGGCCAGUUUAAGAUCACCUAGUAUUUUGCGCCUAGAAGAGACUACAGAAAUAAUCAAAAAGAAAAAGUUCUGCUUGUUUUGCUAAUCGGUGAU